CAACUUUUAUUUGGCCUUAAGGAGCUGCUCUUUCUUCAAGAGAGGCGUCUCUCCUCCUUCCUUGAUCAAAAAAUUGACAGAGGCCAGGCUCCAUGGAUGAGUGGGAUCCCCCCCAGUGGAAAAAGGAAAUUGAAAGCCUUAAGUAUCAGUUGGCUUACAAGCGGGAGGUGUCAUCAAAAACAAUUCCUGAAUUCCUUAAAUGGAUUGAGGAUGGGAUCCCAGAAGAUCCAUUUCUGAACCCAGAACGCAUGAAAAACAACCCCUGGGUGGAAAGAGGAAAAUGUACAAUCCUCUAGUCCAUAUUCUUAGCCCAGCACCAUCCCUGAUUGACAAAUGCUUUCCUUUGGAUAUGCUCCAAAUUUGCAUAAACAGAAGGCUCCAAAGUUAUUUGCUUGCCACUCUUGCUAAAUUCUCAUUCCUAGUCCUUUGUUAGUGCUGGGGCCUUAUGUAAGGACUGUGUUACAGGCUUCCCAAUUAUUGGUCUCUGGGGCACUCUUGGGGUGGGUGUGGCUUAAGUGGAGAUCCAGCUUUGUGCACAAGGGGCUCUGAAGGUGGGCUUUCCCACAGCUGUUCCCUCUGAAAGUCUGAUGGCACUGUGUUUGCAAUGUCUCCCAGAUCCUGGCUGUGGGUUUGCUUCCAAGGGGUUGUCCUGCAGAAAGCCGGAUUAUCCUCACGGGGAAAGAGUGGCCUGGCCAUCUGUUGUGUGGUGGGAGAGAACCAGGAUGAACAUGGCUUAUCCUCAUUGGCACAGAAUGAUGGGAGCCUCCAAUGCCACAUUGCAGUAUGUUUAUUUUAAACCUGUCAGUUCAUGAUUUGGAAACCACUGGGAGGGAUAAAUUUGUAUGGAGGAGACUUCCUAUUUUGAAUCACUUAACUAAAAGAAUGGAAAUUAAUUGUAACCAGAAAGAGUGAAGCAGAAUCAAAGUCCUUCUUAAGAACCCCACCAAUUGCUCUUUCUUGUAACUCUAAUUUUGUUUGCUGUCUUCUUUCUUUCUUUCUUUCUUUCUUUCUUUUUUUUAGAUAUAAACAUACAUUUUAUAAGCAUUUUCAUUUUUUUUGUAUUUUAGGAAACAGUUUUGCAGUAAAAAACUGCAUGAGUGUAAUAAGUUUGUAAAUGAAAUAAAGCAAUACUAAGCAUGUCUUUAUUUACUCCAAAAUAGGAUUUUAUACCAAAAAAUACAUUAAAAAGUUCUCCUUUUGCCUGAUUUUUUAUGCCCUUAUUUUAUUUUUUAUUUUUUUAAAUGUUAGAACAAAUCUUUAAUAUAAAUGUUUCUCCGAACUGCAUUGGAAACACCUUCAUUAAACCGGAA